UUCCAGCUUUAAGCAUCGUGAAUUGAUUUAAGGAACUUUUCUGUGUGGUUUCCUUCGCAUUGCAACGUGACAAUCAAAUUGAAAAUAAAUUGAAAGAAUUUUCGGCGAAAAGUGAAAGUGAAAACGGGAACAAGGACGAAAACUAAACAACCAACAAAUGGCGCAUUAUGCUGCUAAAGUCGCCAACGACUGCGGCAGCAGCGGCAACCACGAGAGCAACACAAACAACAGCAGCAGCAGCAGCAGCAUCAGCGAGGCGAACGGCAAUAGCAGCGGCAGCACUUAAAUGCAGCAGCAGGGAAAAUCAUCUGAAAACUGGCGAAUAAAACUCAACGACAGGCAAAAACUAUUAAAUCUCGCUGGAUGCCUGCGGCAAUAGUUAUUGUUAAACAACGGGAGAAGCAGCAGCAGCAGCAUCAGGAGGGUCAGCAACAGCAGCAGGGGCGGGGGCAGGGGCAACAAAAGGAGCAGCACCAGGAACACCAGCAACAAGAAAGGAAACAAAUUUGCAAUAUAAAUUUAUGCGAAUUUUUGCGUCGCAGCGGCGCCGACAACGACGUCGACGUCGACGUCCAGGCCGAGCGUAACCCAGGCCAAGCUGCGGGCGUCGACGUCGCAGCAAGUACAGUAAUACCAGCAGCCCAAACAACAGAGAGAGCAACAGCGAAAAAAGUAGGAGCAGAAGCAGCUUCAAGCAGGAAGAGAACAACAGAAAGAGAAGAGCGAGACGGCAGCGCAGCAGAGAGACGACCCAUAGAAGAAGCAGAGAGACCCGUAGAAGCAGCAGUGGAACUGGUGGGAGCGGGUGAAGCGGGAGCGGGAGCGGGAGCGCGAGCACCAGGCACCAAGAGGAGAGCCACAGCAAGAACAACGCGUACAGUUAUUAUAAUAAUGGCGUUAGUUGUUAACAUAAUGCAGCAACAACUACAACAGCAGGGGCAUCAAGAGCAACAGGAACAGCAGCAAAAUCAACAACAACAAGAGGAGCAGCCGCUACUCUGGCCAUUCUAUAACGGCCUCUUGUUUGCCGCAGCGGCGGCCGCAGCUCCUUACAACAGCUCCUCCUCGAAUGACUUCAGUCUCGACGGUGGCUCCGUGGCUGGCCCACCCACCCUGUCCACAUUUCUAUCAGCACCAUCAUCACUGGGCGGCGGCUCAUCAUCGUCUGCGGUGGAGGCGCCACCGCAAACGGAUGCCACGAAUCACACUUUCAAGAGUUUAGCCUUCCUGGCCGGCGACGGCGAUGAGCUGCGCAGCGGCCCCGUGUCCUUUGGCUCAGAUCUCUUUGCGCUCGGAACGGAAACGGAGAUGGACAGAGACCGGGACACGGACUUGUACUCGGACCUCGCCCAGUCCCUGCCAAUUUUCGACUUUGGCAUGCCGCGCAACAUCACCGGACGCACCGGCCACACCGAGGCCAUAAUUAAAUGCCGCGUGGACAGUCUCCAUGAUAAAUCGGUAUCCUGGAUACGGAAACGUGAUCUGCAUAUCCUCACUGUCGGCACAGCCACCUACACCUCGGACAAGCGCUUCCAGGUAACCGAAUCGAAGGAUGCCAGGGAGUGGACGCUGCAUGUGAAGUCACCGCAGGCGCGGGACAGCGGCAUCUACGAGUGCCAGGUCAACACGGAACCCAAAAUGUCCAUGGCAUUUCAGCUGAACAUCAUCGAAAUCUCACCUGACGCCAAGGCCGUUAUCAGUGGGCCACCGGAUCUGCAUUUUAAGGCAGGCAGCGCCAUAAUCCUCAAUUGUGUGGUGCAGCAGCCGUCCGUGAAGGACAUUGGACCGAUAUACUGGUAUCGCGGCGAGCACAUGAUCACGCCAUUCGAUGCAGACGAUGGGGAGGCGGCCGCCCCAACCUCUACCAAGGAGGAGCAACAGCGAGGGCAUCCCUCGGAGGUGGAGUCGUCGCCGAAUGAUGUGCUCAGCGAGGUGGACCUGCAGCGGGAGUUUGCCACACGCAUCGCCAUGGAGUCACAGCUGGGCGACACCCUCAAGUCCAGGCUGCGCAUCGCCAAUGCCCAGACGACGGACACCGGCAACUACACGUGUCAACCCACAACGGCCAGCAGCGCCAGUGUCCUGGUCCAUGUGAUUAAUGAUGAGAAUCCCGCUGCGAUGCAGAAGAGCGGGGCUUUGGCACUGCCCGGACUUGGCCUCCGCCUGACGCUUUGUUGGAUGUUCCUCUUGGUAUUAGCUCUCAGUCGUUGAAGGCGAAAGUUGUACCCCCAGCAGCAGCAUCGUACUUAUACUCAUUAUCGUCAUCAUCGUCAUUAUCAUCGUUAACUUUGUUAUUGCAAACCAAGAAAG